CCCUGGACCUCACAGGAGUUGGAGGAAGCACUCCUCGAUGGUCAUUCAGAGGCCUUACAGACUGUGAUUGGCAGUGAAAGGGACGAUGGAAAGCUCUAUGCAGGGAGCAGUCAAUGGCUCGAGAAGGAGGCAUGGGGCACUCUGUUCCGGGCCCCGACGGAUUCUUUAUUUUGCCGCAUGGCCACGAACGUUUUUUGGACGCCCGAGCAACUCAGGAGCCGCAGUGUGACGGGCACGCUUUCAAACAAGUCGCGUUCGAAGGGGGAGACCGAACCAAGGCCUGCAUUAACCCCUGAGAAAGUGGCCUCACUAGAAGCUCUCUUCAGCAUAUACAUGGGCAGCGAUGUGCCUAAAGACGCCCAGAGCAAGAGGCUCAAGGACGUGCGCAAGCACCUUGCGCAGAAGCUGGGUGACAUGCGGCGCAAAUGAUCCUUCGUUCCGCCAGCACCCGCCACCCACCUGCAGCAGGUUGACGCCCGCGCCCUCCCUGAGCCAUCCCAACCAACUUAGCGUACUGCGGUAUUUAAAAAAAGGAUGCUGUUCCACUCAACGUGAAAGUAAACUUUCACGUUGAGUGGAACAGCAUCCUUUUUGUCAUAAGUGGGGAGCAUUCAUUUGCCAGUGUUUCCCUUGCAUUAUUGUUGUUCAUCUUCUGUUUGUUUUUGUAUGUUUAGCUUUUCUUUUUGUGUCUUGCUUUUCUGUUUCUGUGUAUUGCUUUUGUUUAUCUGUCAUUUUCUCAUGUUUAUGCAUUGUUUAUUUUUCUUGGUUACUCAAGUUAACUUUAGAUAUGAUUUUUUUGUAAUUUUGUAACAUAUUGUAGUUCGAGCAUUGAGACUGAUUAUGGCCGAUUCUGUUGGGAACGCACACACAUUUAUUUCAACGAAACUGCAGCCCCCUUGAACCCCAGGGUUGCCUUCCUUCAUUCCAAAGAGUGCUAUAUAUGGACACUACAUCAUCCCCUCAGGGAAGGAAAAAUCAGUUUUGCUUAAACACGAAGUCUUUCAGGUACCUAGGUCGUUGCCUGGAUCGUUGGGGGUACCGCUGUGAGACGGUCUUGGGAGCUGCUGAUAUGGCUUGGCUAGAAGUAGCUAUGCUGGGGUUUGGAAGGUCACUGUUACUUGGCACAGCUUCAUCAUCCAGAGAUGGCAUGUCGGUCGGGUCCUGAUGUCGUUCCACUUGAACUGUGCUUGCAUCUUUGAAG